GCUGGACGAUCAAGUGCGGUACUGGAAAUAUACGACAUUAGCGGAAGAACAACAGACGAACAAGAUUUUCAAGGAUUUAACAGUAUACACCAAACCAUCGCAAUGAGGUUCGUCAAGUCAGUAAAGCCCGCGGCAGCGGCCAUCUCCUUGAUCUCGGCUGGCAUCCCCACAUCCCUGGAUAUCAGCAGCCCUACUUCGGUCCAAAGUGUCGCCAAAACCAUUGCCCAAAACACCAUGUCUUUCUACAAGGGCACGGACGACCAGUUUGUUGAUCUCGAUGCCCCCUACUACUGGUGGCAAUGUGGUGCCAUGAUGGGUAGCAUGCUCGACUACUCCCACUAUACUGGCGACCACACCUACGACAAGAAGAUUGCAACUGCUAUUGUCGCCCAAGCCGGCCCCGACUUCGACUUUAUGUCCCCAGCUCAUGCGGGCCAAGAAGGAAACGAUGACCAGGCCUUUUGGGGUUUCACCGUUCUCGCUGCUGCCGAGCGUAACUUUCCUCAGCCCCGAUCUGACAUCCCGGGGUACCUCGAACUUGGCGAAAACAUCUGGAAAUCACUUGCCUCGCGAUGGGAUACUUCGACCUGCAACGGUGGCCUUCGUUGGCAAAUCUUUGCCUCGAACCCUAACGGCCUUGACUACAAGAACGCAGUCAGCAACGGCGGAUUUUUCCAGCUCUCGGCACGUCUAGCUCGCAUUACUGGCAACCAGACCUACGUCGAGUGGGCAAACAAGGUGUGGGACUGGACCCAGGGAACUGGUAUAAUUAACGAAUACUACCAGGUCCUCGACGGUGCUAGCUCCGCCAAGAACUGCUCCGACGUCAGCGCCGCCCACACGCCCUCCUUCUCCUACAGCCAGGGAAUUUACACCUACGGCGCCGCGGUCAUGGCCAACAUCAGCACCGGUGCCGACCAGGAUAAAUGGACCGACCGCACCAAGAGACUCCUCGAGAGCUCGCAAAACUAUUUCACCCCCUUCGGCGACGUCAAGAACUCCACCGACGUCAUGUAUGAGCACGCCUGCGAGCACAUUGACAUUUGCAACACGGACAUGCGCUCCUUCAAGGGGUACUUCUCCCGGUUCGUCUACGCCUCCAAGAUUAUGGUCCCCUCCAUCAAGCCUACAGUCGAUCGUUUGCUGCACACCUCGGCCAAGGCUGCUGCCCAGGGGUGCCAGGGUGGUUCUCAGGGAACCAUGUGCGGAACGAAGUGGUAUGUCGAUGGGUUCUAUGGAGAUGCCGGGUUGGGAGAGCAGAUGAGUGCGUUGGAGACGAUUCAGGGAAUCUUGAUUGAUCAGGCGAACCCGCCUCUGAAGGGGGGUGAUAUCAAGACUGUGAGGACUUUUUCAUCGUCGUCGUAACAGACGUCGAGUGAUGAGACUCCUCCGGCUGGAAAUGAGAGUCCAAAGACGAGUUCUGAAUCUUCGGAAAGCGUGGCGUCAGGGGUGAAUGAGGUCAACUACCAAUGGCUGUUAUGGAUAUAUGGGCUGGCUUGUGUUUUGGGUCUAUGAGCCGCA